UGAUGCAGUUCUAAGGAUUACUUCCAUAGUUGAAUUCUCAAGUACUUCCCGUACAUACAUCGAUCCUUCUGAACAUUGCCUGCAUUUCCCCUAGCUUCCCCUAGCGCAUCUGCAUAUAACUGGGGAGAACCCACAUGUAAACUGCGCUGAUUGCUCAGGGGUUAGCCCAUGAGUGGGUAACUCCCUGCCUCCUGGCGUUGGCCUGCUUCCAUGUGGAGCAAAACGACGACCCGGCAGUGCUGUCCCGGAUGGGGAAGGAGGGGCGUGCUGGAGGAGCGGGCAGAUGACCGAACUAGUAGGACAUGAUCGUCUCCGGAACCGGUCUUGCACCCUCCCUUAACUCUUCUCUCUCCCAGCUCACGAAAACAUACAGCCCUCUGGUCAGAAAUCACUCCUUCACUUCAACAUCCCACCACCAGCCACGCUAGACAUGUCGGCCGUUGAGCUGCCCGAGCCCUUCGCGAGCAUCCCGCGCAAGGCGCUUACCUUCGGCCCAUCUCCAAUCCAGCACCUUCCCCGCAUCUCGCAGGCCCUGGGCGGCCAGGUGAACGUAUACGCUAAACGAGAGGACUGCAACUCGGGCCUGGCCUACGGCGGCAACAAGACACGCAAGCUCGAAUACCUCCUCCCGGACGCGCUCGCGCAGGGGUGCGACACGCUGGUCAGCAUCGGCGGCGUGCAGUCGAACCACACGCGGCAGGUGGCGGCGGCCGCCGCCGCGGUGGGACUGCGGGCGGCGCUGGUGCAGGAGCACUGGGUCGACUGGGCCGACGCGGGCUACGACAGGGUCGGCAACGUGCAGCUGUCGCGGCUGAUGGGCGCGGACGUGCGGCUGGACCCGUCGGCGUUCGGCAUCGAGCACAAGCCGACGCUGGCGAAGCUGCGCGACGAGCUGGCCGCCCAGGGCCGCAAGCCGUACUACAUCCCCGCGGGCGCGUCGGACCAUCCGCUGGGCGGGCUGGGGUUCGCGCGGUGGGCGUUUGAGGUGGCGAUGCAGGAGCGGGAGAUGGGCGUGUUCUUUGAUACCGUGGUGGUGUGUGCCGUGACCGGGUCGACCAUGGCCGGCAUGGUGGCGGGGUUCAAGCUGGUGGAGAAGCUGGGGGGGAGGAAGAGGCGGGUGGUGGGGAUCGACGCCUCGGCGAAGGUGCAGCAGACUUUCGAGCAGGUGCUGCGCAUUGCGAGGCAGACGGCGGCGAAGAUCGGGCUGACGGAGGAGGAUAUUACCGAGGCGGAUAUCAUCUUGGAUGACCGCUACCAUGCGGGUACCUAUGGCAUCCCGGACGCGCAGACGAUCGAGGCGAUCAAAUUUGGGGCGCGGACGGAGGCGUUCAUCACGGAUCCGGUGUAUGAGGGGAAGAGUCUUGCGGGCAUGAUUGACAUGAUCAGGAAGGGUGAGAUCCCGGCGGGGAGCACCGUGCUGUAUGCGCACCUGGGCGGGCAGCUUGCGCUGAAUGCGUACUCGUCGCUGGAGUAAACGUCAAGAUGAGUCAAUUGGCAGAGCGGACGGACUACCUAAUUCCCCAACUGGUGAGUUGCCUGAGCUGCGUGCGUGUCGCUCAUCGAUCCUUCCCAUUCAGGUGUUGCAAGCCAGCGGCCCAGGAAUCCGUCGAAGGACGUUCGUCA